AACUGUAUUCAAACGGGAUUAGACUAUUGAUAGCAUAGGGGUCAAACUGAUUAGGCGACGUUCUGCGCACGUUGACGCAAUUUUGAUGCUCAUGAGCGCAACGCCAUUACGCGUUUGACUCGUCACCGGCUCCUUCAUGCUGCUCUGGGUUCCGCUGGAGCAGAAGUGGCGAAUGAUCAGAAACUUGAGGAAUUUAACGUUACGUUAAAUCGGCGUAAACAUGAUAUCCCGUCAGAGUAAGGACUUUCUCAUACGGAUCGCCGGUUACUGGAAGCCGCUUUUCAGAGGCAGAUUUCUGAUCGUGACGAACACGGUUAGUUGUGGGGGAAUGUUAGCAGCGGGCGACCUCAUCCAGCAGACGCGAGAGAUACGAAAGACACCCGGACGAGCACGUGACUGGUGGCGUACAGGUUGUAUGUUUGCCGUCGGAUGCUCUAUGGGCCCCUUCAUGCACUAUUGGUACAUGUGGCUCGACAAAUACUUUGUUGGCAAUGGCAUAAGUAAUGUCUGUAAGAAAGUGCUUACUGAUCAGCUGGUUGCAUCGCCAGCACUGGGGGCCUGGUACUUUCUAGGUAUGGGAAUGAUGGAGGGUCACACUUUGUCUGAGGCACAAAGAGAAUUCAGAGACAAAUUCUGGGAGUUUUACAAGGCAGAUUGGUGUGUUUGGCCAGCAGCUCAAAUGGUAAACUUCUACUUCUUGCCACCCAAGUUCCGUGUCCUUUAUGUGAAUAUAAUUACCCUGGGAUGGGACACCUACCUCUCCUACCUCAAACACAGAGACCAAGCAGAUUCCACAAGAGAAGCUGAAUGAACUGAGUGAAGAUGUUUGAAGAAAAGGAAUAUUUCAAAACCCAGAUCUGGUUGGAUCACAAAAAUUAAAUUAAAUCAGAUUAUUCCAGACUGUUAAUGUACAGCUUUUUUUUUUUUUUUAAAUUUCAUAUAAUAUAAUUAAUAAAAUUGUAUCCAGUAAUGCCAGGUACAUUUUAAAUUUUGUUUUAAUGUGUUUGUAUUGUUUUUGAAUUAUAUAAAAAGUAUUGAAUGUAAUUUUAAACGGAUUUAACUGUCUGGAAUCAGUGUAUUGUUGACAUGAAGAGCAGUUUAUAAAAUCAUACUGUUUACAAAUAUAUUCUUAUAUGGUAUAGUAUGGUGGUAUAGUAUGCCGAUUAUAUAUAAUAAUAAUAAUCUUCCUUCACCAUAAGAAAUAUUUUUAUUUUGGCCAAGCAUGUUUAUAAUUGCAAUAAUGUGCCAAAAUUACUGUCAUAUAUACUGGAUGAAUGCUGUAACAUAACCCUAUGCUGCAUAAGCAGUGAUGUGGUUGGCUGUUUGUGUACUUCCAGUUUAUGUUGUUCAUAAAUUGCCUUUACAUGUAAAUUUUCAACUAAUUCAUUUCAUUUUUUGAUGAUAAAUGCAUCAGCUGGCUAGACUUUUUGAUAUCUGCACUGUCUUUAUGUGACACUGUUUUUUUUAAUGGAAGAAAAUAAAAUUAUUUUGUGUGUUUUGAAUAUUAUCAUAA